AUGAGGUGGAUUAAUAUAAGACACGUGUUUAGUGUUCAAUGGACCACUCAAUGUUCUCACAUAAGUCAAACCAGCACAAGCAUCAACGAAAUCCUCAUCAAUAAAAUCAGUAGAAAAAACCUGAAUCCUAUCUGCAUAACCUUUCUCAAAACACUGUGGUUUUCCUUCUGGAGAUCCAAAGAUCGUUUUUCCUUGGAUCAACUUAGGUACCUAGCUGGUCAGUUAACAAAAGUUCAUAUAGUUAAUGAGGUUAAUAAGGAUUUUGUUAUUGAGGCUCUGAGAUCAAUCGCGGAGUUGAUAACAUAUGGUGACCAACACGACCCAAGCUUUUUUGAAUUUUUCAUGGAAAAUCAAGUUGUGGGAGAUUUUGUACGUGUUCUAAAACUUAGCAGGACUAUUAGUAUUCCACUUCAGUUGCUACAAACUGUUAGCAUUUCACCAUUUCAUAUUAACAUAUCAUCCUGA